AUGCCUUCACAACGCCGAGUCAAGGUCUUUGCCCUACUGGCAGCUCUGGCCGUCCUCAGUUUCCUCUAUCUUUCUUCAGCAGGCUCAUCUACGCGAUCGAGCCCUUUCUAUACCAACACAGCAUCUGCGCUUGAUGCAAAGCAUCAAGAAGCGCUUGACCUAGAGAACCACCAAAAGAUCCAGCAAGUCCACGAAGCCGCCGAGAAGGAGAAGGAAGCCGCCAACAUCCGCGAUCCUGACCUUGCCGCUGUACCUGGUCAGAAGGUUGGCAAGGACCAAAAGCCAUUCGCUGUUGACCCCGAGGCCGCCGCCGAGAAGGCACAAAAAGUCGCCGAUACGGUCAAGGAAGGUGUCAAGGAUGCUGUUCAUGGAAUUGUCGACGCUGGCGAGAAGAGUGUUGCCGGAAGGAAGAUGAUCAAGGGAGAGAAAGGCCUGAAAGACGACGGCGUGGCGAAGGUCGGAAACACCGGAGCACAACCUACACAAGCUGCAGACGACGGCGAGUCCGAGGAACAACACAAGGUCGAGACCGAGCUGAACGCCAUCUUGAAGAAAAGCCCGAUCAUCAUCUUCUCCAAGAGCUAUUGUCCUUACUCGAAGAAGGCCAAGGCUAUCCUGCUUGAGCAAUACAACAUUGUCCCCGCGCCAUAUGUCGAGGAGCUCGACCUUAAUCCCUUGGGACCUCAGUUGCAGGCAGCGCUCCUGAAGACUACAGGAAGACGCACAGUUCCCAAUGUUCUGAUCAACGGCAAGAGCAUUGGAGGUGGUGACGAUAUCGCAAGUCUGCACGAAGAUGACAAGCUGGUGUCACAGAUCAAGGAGCUGGGAGGCAAGCGCAUUAUGGAAGUCUCAAAGGCAACCCCAAAGGCUGCCGUCGACUUCAGAAGCUGA